GCUUGGGCAGCGUAAUUUACUUGGGCCGAAGUGGGCUUGAGCCGCACACCCCUUCGUCUCCACGCCGACAGCCACCGCCGCCGGAGCGCGGAACGGCGGCGCAAGGUGGUCCUUACAUGGCGGUUGCCUUCCUCGAUCCGCUGCUGCUGCUGCCACUACUGUGGGGGGCGCCGCGCCAUCUAUGCGUGCUCGUGCGGCCAGAGCCAGCGAUGCGGAGAGGGAGGAGGCCGCUGCCUGCUUCGUCGCGGCGACCGCCGGUGCACUCCAUCGAGCCAUCGAGACCAGACCGCAAUUGUAUAGUGGAGUCAGACCCAGAUCCCAUCAUGAUCAUCCCAGUCGGUCAAGAGUCAAGAUAAGCAGCAUGUGUCUGUCAUAUUAGACCAUACAGGCCAGCCUAACUUUGAUUUGCUCACAUUUUCUCCCCGUGGUCACAGGCUUUCACGCUCACCGCUCACCUUUCAUUCAACACAGUUAUCUUCUCCAAGUUACUCCCAGGUGCACCUGUGUGGCUCCAAUUUACUUCUUCAACUCAGAAGGGAGGGAAUCUCGCAGAUUGCUCAAGAUGGGAGAGAUAGUUAGUGCUGCAGUUGUUCAUGAGACAGUGAACAAAAUCAUAUCAGGCAUGAUUGACAGGUAUGAGCGAAAAUCGAGUGCAGAGGAGCAGAUGGAGAGGCUGGAGAUGGCGCAAAUCAAGAUGGAGAUUGCACUUGAGACGUCCAGUAAGUGGCAGAUCACUAGUCGGCCAUUGCAGCGUUGGCAGAAGAAGCUAAAGCGUGCUGCUGAAGAGUGUGACGACACGCUACGCAAGUGCAGGCAGCGUGUCCAGGAAGAAGAGGAGGAACAGCAAGUAAGAAAUUCCUCCUUCCCUAGGCGAAUUGCCCAUGCCACCAAAUCACUGAUAUCAUCCAUCUUUCCUGGCAAUUUCGAUGAGCAAACUAAAUCUGCUGUUCGAAGAUUCGAGUGGUUUGCAGAUGGAGCUAGUGACUUUCUGAGAUCUGUGGAGUUUGGAGGGACACCACGUCGUUACUUGUUCUUCGAUCCUCUUAUUGGGCACCUUCUUGCAGGUGAAACACUAGAGUACAAAUUGGUGCAGGGAAACAAGAAGCAUUUCUUUUGGAUACGGCCCAAUAACAUUGCAGAGCGAGGAGUAGAAGCUAAAUUAAUCUUUAUUUGCAAUGAUGGCAGUGCACCCGAGAAUAGCUUUUUUCUUUGUAUGAUGCUACAACUUUCAGAGAGUACAAACAUAGUUGGCACUAUAAUUAAGUGCUUGCAAUUGUUUACCCCUUAUUUCCAGUUUACAACUGAAACUGUUAGGAAAGAUCUUACUCAGCUACCUACACAGGACUUCUCCUGGAUGCCACCUUCUUGUUCAUAUCGUUGGGACAACAUUCACAGUGUAGCUACUGAGUGGUUCCGCCCAAACCCACUGUGUUGCAGGCAUCAUGAUCAGAAGGUAUGUGGUAGUGGCUACAUGGAUAAGACAGAAUUUCCAGAUGUUUGUCUAGAACCAGUAAUUGAAGUGUAUUUGGAGAGCCAAGUUUACCAAUAUGGAUGCAACAAUCAGAGGGGGGAUGUGCCCGGAAAAAUAUGUUCUCUGAGAAGACCAUCACAGCUGAAACUUGGAGUAUUCCUCUUGCCUCAUGUUUCUUCAACCGACCUUCUGCCUGCAACCGAGAAUUUUGUAAUAGAGAUGAUCGAUGGUGAGGAGCAGCUUUCCCGUCACACAAACAUUGCACUGAACCAGCUUAACGAGAUCAUGCUUCCAAAAGCAAUAGAUAGCAUCAAUCAGAAUGCAGAAGUGGCAGCGCAUCAGUUGUUGUGGAAGUCAAAGCAUGAAGCUGCAUUCUUUAAUGUAUGGAGCACAAGAAUGAAUACGUCAAGCAUAUUGAGUACUGCUGGGAAAGCAACGUUGCUGCAACAACAUGACCUUCAGUUGGAGAGCCGAGCAGAUGUGAUCUCUGAGUUUCUCAAGCUGUGGGUUGAGCGUACUCCUGUCAUGACGCAGUUCUCUGCGGUGGACUGGACUCAAGCCCUACUUGGAGAUUUAAAAAAAUUGCUGAUGGGUGUGUAGCUAAUAUGAAUCAGGAGAGGUUGGUGAAACCUAGCUUUGGGCUGCUAGUUCAAAACUGCAAAUCUGGAUUCCACUGCUGCUGAAUUUCUUAACAUAGAGGAAUGAUAUGGGCUGUUUUGGCGAGUUGGAUAUUCUUUACUGUUGCUAGACGCUCCUUCAAAUAAAUUGUUAGAAUCAAAAGGAAACAGAUGACACCAAGAUCGAUCUAGAAUUCCAGAUUAUGUAACACAGAUUGAUGAGGGUAACAAGGACAAAUACAAGGAAUUGAUAAGUAGUAUUCUGGGUGAGAGUAUUAUACCGUGUUAACCUCUACUUCCUCCGUCCAAAAAUGUGAACAUUUUUAGGAUUUAAAUCUUGUACCAAAAAUAUAAGUAUUCCUGCUACUAUUCACAAUAUUGUACCAUGUUAACUUCUAUGGUUUCUACGGCAAAAAUUUACUUGGUAUGUAAAUAAAUGUUUAACAUGGCGUUGAAGCCUUGCCCAAGAAAUCAGGUUUGGUGGAUGUGUAAUCAACAUUUCUG